AUGGCCGUUGUAUUCGACACGCUUCAGAAUGAUGCAGGCAAACAGCGCGUGGGGCUGAGCAUCAACGGCGCAGAAGAACCCUUCGUCAAGCGGGUUUCACCGUUCGCUUUCACUGAUGGCAAUGCAUACACCGUGUGGGUGGACUACGAGCCUGGAGAUCCCGGCACCAUUCAAGUGUUCCUGGCGAACUCAAACGUGAAGCCAGAGGAGCCACUGUUGCAGGGGAAGGUGUCGCUGCGUGCGGUGCUGCAGCCUGGGGUGAAGCAACUGGCGUUCUCGUUUGGAUUUGUGGCGUCCACCACUGUGAAGCCCUUCCAGCUGCAAGGCAUUCUCUUCUCCUCCGUGCAAACAGGCAAGGCUUCUUUGGGGCAGCAAUCUAUGACUUUUGUGCUUCUCUUUCUUGUGUCUAUCUCAACAGUUGCUCCUUCACCCAAGGAAGUCCAGGUCAAUAAGAAAGCCCUCGGCCUCUCAUUAUCGGAGGCCACAUUUGCACCAUCUCGAGCCAGUCCCUUUUCGCGCUAUGUGAGUGCGGACUUCAAGCUGUCGGCCACCAAAGUGGACUCGUGGAGCAAUCGUGACGACCACACGUGGGACUCCGUGCCCUUUCUCAACUGGCCCGUCAAGAACCAAAAUGACUGCAAUGCGUGCUGGGCAUAUGCAGUGGUGGCGAGUGUGGAGGCGGCAUACGGCAUUGCAAAGCAUCAGAGCGCUCCCCAGCUGGCAGUGGAGGCACUCUUUGCGCUCAUGGGGCUCUCCGACUCUGACAAGUGCUCCGCUGGCGGCUCCCCUACCCAGGCCUUGGAGCAGCUGGUCGCUCUUGAUGGCAGCAGUGGGCUCACAGGUGUUAGCGACCAUGCAACAACGUACCCGGUGCAGGCUUUUGAGCGAGCGCAGUUCAAGGGGUAUUUUGGGCUCAUUCUGGCAGUGCAGCGGCAGCCAGUGGUGGUUCACAUCGAGGCGUCUGCUCCAAACUUCAUGCAGUAUGAUGGGACUUACAAAUAUCAGGAUCCUGGUUGCUACACGGGCAGUCUCAACCAUGUUGUACUCGUUAUUGGCUACUUUAUCACAAGAUAUGAUGGCAGCCAGAAUCGCAUUGCGCCUCCAUUUUGGAUCAUCCGCAACUCUUGGGGAGAGGAGUGGGGCAACAGGGGCCACAUGCGCAUGGACAUUCAGGGAGGGGAUGGCGUGUGUGGCAUCAAUGUGCUGCCUGGCAUCUACCCCAUUGUCAAGAUUCCGGGGGACCCCUGCGGAGAGAACAGUUACAAGGGCGAUGGGGAUUUGCAGCCCAGCAUGAACCCGUGCGGCAGGUUCCACUGCCAGCAGAGGACAGCAAGCAGCAAUAACUGCACCUGCAAUAUUCCUGACACUAAUGGCAUCGACUGCAGCAAGCCGUUGCCCAAAGGCAGUGUCCUCCAGCUGGCUGGUACUCCUGCCACACCCUGCACUGCCUUCUUCUACUCCCUCAACGAGGACACCUGUGAAUCCAUCAGCACAGCGCUCAACAUGGAAUACGAAGUUCUCGCUGCGCUCAACCCCGGCCUUGACUGCUCCACGCGCAUCAAGGCUGGCCGUUCCGUGUGCCUUGAACGCAGUGCUGCUUUUGCAUUCACCGUACCUGAGUGUGUGAAAUUUGGAACGCUCACACCUCGGGACACAUGCAGUCAACUGCUUAAGAGUAACAGCAAGCGCGCUCUUCCUUCGGAAGCUGAUCCCAAUGACAAUUCACAAAAAGUUGCUAGUGCCAACGAGAAUCCAUGGGCUGCGCUGUACCGCAACAAUCCCGGCCUCACUUGCUCCGCCACCAUCCCUUCCUCUGCCUCCGCAAUUGGCAGCAACAUCGGUGUGCAGGUUUGCCUCAGGGCGGAGUAUUGGCCGUUCACGAUGGGUAUAUGCAAGAAGGGUAGGAUCAAGCCUGUCAAGCCAUCAAUGGCAUGCUCGGCUACUUACCGCUUCUACGGUGGGGCUAGUGCAUCACCAAUCGCACGGUUUUACGAGUACAAUGGUAGAUCUUGCUCUGGAACUGUAGCAGAGAAGUCUAUUUGCGUGCCAUCGUAA